AUGGUUUCAAUUAAUAAAUUUUUAAUCAUAUCUAUUUUACCUUUCCUAACAAAUUCAUUACCAAUUGUUUCAAAAAAUCAAAUAUCAGAUGUUAUAAGAUAUGGUGAAGUUAAUGUUGAUCCAAAUCAUUCAGAUGAUGCAACUUAUGGAGAGAUUUAUAAACUUUUAACAGGAUCUUUGACAAAAAGAACAGAUGUUCAAGUUUGUCUUGGUGAAUCAGAUUCUAGUGGUUCAUGUAUUUCAGAUGAUCGUAAUAUUGAUCAAUUAGUUUCAAAAAUUGGUGGAUUAAUUACAACAAGACAAGGGCAAUGUGGAGACAGUGGUACAUUUGCAGUUGAAGCAAGUUCAUUAUAUUAUAAAUAUCAAUCAACAGGUUCAGAUUGUAGAAAUACUGCAUUACCAGAAACUGAUAUUGGAGCAUUGAAAAGAUGGAUAAAGAAUCAAAAUGGUGGUAAAGUUUGUAAAAAUCAAUGUGUUCAAUUAAAACAUGGUACUGGACAAUGGACUGGAUUUGUUGGGUUUGGUACAGAUGAAAAUGCAGUUAAGAAUUUACAAUGUGAUGAAAGUAUUAAUAGUCAUGUUUCUAAAUGUGAAAGUGGUGGGAAUGCUGAUAUUUGA